UUAUUUCACCUGUGCAAGGAAACACGUUUAAGGUUGUGUUUUCCUUGUAUUCCCCCCCUCUUCCCUGCUGUUUUGGGUGUCCCAAGCUCUCCUUACCCAAAGCCACCCGUGCUCAGUGGGAUUUGCCCUGCAGGAGAUGUUUCUGCCCUUCUUUGCCCCUGAUAUGAGCUGGGAUCUGAACCACUCAUUGAGGGCUUCGGAGAAGAGAGGAAAAGCUUCGCUCCUGGAGCCCUGCGGAAUGGGAGCCGGGGCAUUGGAACGGGUCUGGGCUUGGGGACAGGUGGAGGGAGGUGCUGGAAACGUUAUCCAUGCUCCGGGCAGGGAAAAGCGCCUGGCACAGGGGAGGAGGAGGAGGAGGAGGGAAGGAGGCCGGAGGGUGCCAAGGAUGGAUGCAAUGGGGGAGGGCAAGGCCUGGUAAGUGAGAUGGGACCGGGGGGGGGGGGGGAAUGUGACACAGGGGACAAGUGCGGCCACCGCAGGCUGGGGAGGAGCAGGAGCUGCAGCAGCACCGAGAUGUCGGAAGCAUCCCGGGCUCCAUGGGCUGCAUCCCGCUGGGAGCCCUCAGCCUCCCGGCUCGGGGCCCCCACCAGCACCUUCUCCAUGCAGAGGGUGGGACGGUUCGGGAGGAUGCCCCUGUCCUAUGCCUCUGCUCCCAGGAAGGAGGCCAUGGCCGCGGUGUUCCUGCCCGGCAACCUCCAGGAUGAAGCCACUUGCUCCGUGUGCCUCGAGUUCUUCAAGGACCCGGUGUCCAUCGAGUGCGGGCACAACUUCUGCCGCGCCUGCAUCAUCAAGAGCUGGAGGGAGCUGGAGAUGGACUUCCCCUGCCCGCAGUGCAGGGAGGUUUUCCAGCACAGGAGCUUCCGCCCCAACCGGCAGCUGGCGAACAUGUCCGAGAUCAUCAGCCAGUUCACGCUGCGCGGGGCCAAGGGCGCCGAGGAGGACGGGCUCUGCGGGAAGCACCGGGAAGCGCUGAAGCUCUACUGCAAGGACGACCGGAGAACCAUCUGCGUGGUGUGCGACCGCUCCCGCGAGCACCGCCCGCACGCCGUCGUGCCCGUCGAUGAGGCGUCCGAGGAGUACAAGGAGAAGAUCCAGGGCCGCUUGGAUUUCCUGAAGAAGGAGAGGCAGGAGCUGCUGGAGUUCAAAGUGAACGAUGACAAGAAAACCCAGGAGCUCCUGGAAACCAUCGCGAGCGAGCGGCAGAAGCUGCUCUCGGAGUUCGAGUGCCUGCGGCAGUUCCUGCACGACCAGGAGCACCUCCUGCUGGGGCAGCUGGAGAAGAUGGAGAAGAGCAUCGCCAAGAGGCAGAAUGAGAACAUCACCGACCUCUCCAAGGAGAUCACGCUCCUCAACAAGCUCAUCACGGAGCUGGAGGAGAAGAUCCAGCAGCCCACGCUCGAGUUCCUCAAGGAUGUAAUGAGCAUCAUAAGCAGGAGUGACGAUGUGAAGUGCCAGAAGCCUGUGCCCGUGUGCACGGACAUGAAGAUGCACAUCUGCAACUUCUCCCUCAAGACCGUGGUCCUUGAGAAGGUCCUGAAGAAGUUCAGAGACAACCUGCGAGAUGAGCUGGGACGAGGGGAAAAAGAGGACCUGACCCUGGACCCCGACUCCGCAAACCACCUCCUCAUCCUCUCAGCCGACCUCAAGAGCGUGCGGAUGGGCUGCAGGAAGCAGGAGCUGCCCGACAACCCCAAGAGGUUCGACACGAACUCGCGGGUGCUGGCCACCACGGGCUUCCAGUCGGGACGCCACUACUGGGAGGUGGAGGUGGGCGCCUCGGACGGGUGGGCUUUCGGGGUGGCCAAGGAGUCGGUCAGGAGGAAGGGGCUGACGCAGUUCUCCCCCGAGGAAGGGAUCUGGGCAGUGCAGCAGAACGGGGGCCGCUACUGGGCCGUCACAUCGCCGCAGCGCACGCCGCUGUGCCUCAGCCAGAAGCUCACCAAGGUCAGGGUCUACCUGGAUUACGAAGGGGAAGAGGUUUCCUUCUACAACGCCGAGAACAUGCAGCACAUCUUCACCUUCAACGUGGCCUUCCAGGAGAAGGUGUUCCCGCUCUUCUCCGUCUGCUCCACCGUCACCUACAUCAAACUGUGCCCAUGAGGCUUCCCCGAGGACCCAGCUCUGUGGUCUUUGCUGGAUGAGCACAGGGGACUCUGGGAUGAGCCAAGCAGCCCGGUUCAGCUGGGA